AUGCAAUUGACGAUCAUCUUCUCACUCUACUUCUUCUAUAGGGCACUGGGCUCUGCUGUCCUUACCGGCUCAUUGAUCUUCUCUCUGUGGCCCUCGGGAUCCGCCGGACACCAUGAUGCUCACGGAGAUGCUCACGGAGAUGCCCACGGGCACGACCAGGAGGCUGAGCAUGGAGAGAAGGCCGAAGACAAGGGAGAGGCUGAGAGUGAGCCUGCCGAGAGCAAGGGCCAGGAUUCCGCCGAGGCUGCGCCCAAGGAAGCCACCGAAGAGGAAAAGAAGGACGAGGGUGAAGCCAAGGAGGAGAAGAAGGAUGAUGAAUCCAAUGAGAAGAAGGACGAGAAGAAGGACGAGAAGAAGGACGAGAAGAAGGACGAGAAGAAGGACGAGCCCGAGGCGAAGGAAGAGCCUAAGGAGGAGAAGGACGACUCUAAGUCUACCAAGGAUGAGUCUGCCGAUGAAUCCAAGGAGGAGCCCAAGAAGGACGAUUCCAAGCAGGAAGAGUCCAAGGAAGAAGCCAAGGGCGAGAAGAGCGACGAGUCGAAGGAGUAA